UUCGUUGUUGACAGGUUUACUUUAUCAGAUGACGGCUGAACGUCUUGGCAAGGCGAGUGUGCAGCUAGUUUUGUUAUUUUCCUUUCCGUAUGGGCUGAUAUCUCUUCGAAUAAGUGUUUCAGACGAAGCCGGGCAAAUUGAAUUCGUGUAAAAUUGAUUGAUUUGUAAGGAAUUCGACGAGAAAGAUGCCCGACAUUCGUUUGACACCGCUCGGCGCAGGCCAAGACGUAGGACGUAGUUGUUUACUUCUUUCGAUGGGUGGCAAGAAUAUUAUGCUGGAUUGCGGCAUGCAUAUGGGCUAUAAUGAUGAGCGACGCUUCCCGGAUUUCUCAUAUAUCGUUCCCGAGGGGCCUAUAACGAGUCAUAUCGACUGCGUGAUCAUUUCACACUUUCACUUGGAUCACUGUGGUGCUCUACCGUACAUGUCAGAAAUGAUUGGUUACAACGGCCCCAUCUACAUGACUCAUCCUACAAAGGCGAUUGCUCCAAUUCUCCUGGAAGAUAUGCGUAAAGUAGCAGUGGAACGUAAAGGCGAAUCGAAUUUCUUCACAACACAAAUGAUAAAAGAUUGCAUGAAAAAGGUAAUUGCAGUGACUCUCCACCAAAGUGUAAUGGUAGACAGCGAUAUUGAAAUCAAAGCCUAUUACGCCGGUCACGUAUUGGGAGCAGCUAUGUUUUGGAUUCGGGUCGGCUCACAGUCCGUUGUGUAUACAGGCGACUACAACAUGACGCCCGACAGACAUUUGGGAGCAGCGUGGAUUGACAAAUGCCGACCGGACCUGUUGAUCUCAGAGAGUACAUACGCAACAACAAUACGUGAUUCGAAACGAUGUCGUGAAAGGGAUUUCCUCAAAAAAGUGCACGAAUGUGUGGCAAAAGGUGGUAAAGUCCUUAUUCCUGUUUUCGCUUUGGGUCGUGCUCAAGAAUUAUGUAUUCUCCUUGAAACCUACUGGGAACGAAUGAAUCUGAAAUAUCCAAUAUAUUUCGCUGUCGGCCUUACAGAAAAAGCAAACACUUAUUACAAAAUGUUUAUAACAUGGACCAAUCAGAAGAUCAGAAAAACUUUCGUUCAUAGAAAUAUGUUUGACUUUAAACACAUUAAACCUUUUGAUAAAGGCUAUAUCGAUAAUCCUGGCGCGAUGGUUGUGUUUGCGACGCCAGGCAUGCUGCACGCGGGAUUGUCACUUCAAAUAUUUAAAAAGUGGGCGUCAAAUGAAAACAAUAUGGUUAUAAUGCCCGGAUAUUGUGUUCAAGGCACGGUAGGUCAUAAAAUUCUAGGUGGGGCAAAGAAAAUUGAAUUUGAAAAUCGACAAGUUGUGGACGUAAAAAUGUCCGUGGAAUAUAUGAGUUUCAGCGCUCAUGCUGACGCUAAAGGUAUCAUGCAAUUAAUUCAGUAUUGUGAACCGAAGAAUGUCCUCCUCGUGCACGGGGAGGCCGAAAAAAUGGAGUUUCUAAAAGGAAAAAUUAAGGAAGAGUUCCAUAUCGAAUGCUACAUGCCAGCCAAUGGAGAAACCUGCACUAUAGCCACGCCUGUUAAAAUUCCCGUUGAUGCAUCACUGUCUCUACUUAAGGCAGAAGCUAAACGCUACAACUCUCUCCCGCCAGACCCUAAACGAAGACGACUCAUCCAUGGCGUUCUUGUCAUGAAAGACAAUCGAAUAACACUUAUGGAUCUUUCCGAGGCAUGCAAAGAGUUGGGCUUUAAUCGUCACAUUCUGUCAUUCACGUCGACUGUUAAGUUGGAUGACCCGGGGCCAACAGUCCGCACCAUAGAGAAAUUGUAUAAUUUGUUACAAGAGAAAUUGUCUGAGUGGACUGUUACGCUGCUUGAGACUCGAACCAUUUCCGUUGAAUCGGUGGAGGUGAAAAUUGAGGAAGAAUCAAAUGAUCAGCGACACAAGAAAGUUUUGGUUACCUGGUCGAAUCAAGACGAGGAUUUGGGAGCUUAUAUCUUAGGGUUAUUGCAGAAUAUGUGAUGGAAUGUGAAAUUCUGUUAAGUGAAAGAGAUAAAACUAGUAUUUAAGGCAAAAAAAAAUUGUAAUUUUUUGAAUAUGCAGUUUUUAAUGUGGAUAUUCUCACAAUACGAUGAAAAUAAAUUGUUACCUUCAAUUAUUUUAAUAA